GGAUUUGCUGCCGAAUUAGCUUAGCAGGUAGGCUUUCGGUGGAACCAUCUGCCCUGCUUACGGCUUUAUGUGGCUGCUCGGCGGCAGCACCCAGCCGCAGCGGCAGGAGAAGAAUCCCCUCAUCCCUCCGCCCCAAGCGAGCGCGGCAAACUGCGACCAUGGAUGCGGCCUCUCCCGCCUCACCCUCAGCUUCAUCCCCGCCACCGCCGUCUCCCACCGCGGGGGCGAGCGCCGUGAGCCCCAUGACCACCAUCUCCCGGCACUAUUUCGGCGGCGAUUCCUCCGAAGACGACCACGAUUUCUACAUCGACAUCAUCGAGAAUAUGCAAGAAGAUUAUGGAAUGUUUGUCUGGCCAUGUAGCAUAGUUCUUGCUGAGUAUGUUUGGCAGCAAAGACUGCGAUUUGCUAACAACACUGUCAUUGAGCUAGGUGCUGGGACAUCAUUGCCUGGAUUGGUAGCUGCCAAGGUGGGAGCAAAUGUCAUACUGACAGACAACGCAGAAGGAGUAGAGGUGCUGAAGAACAUGAGACAAAUAUGCAAUCUUAAUAAAGUCAAUUGUAAUAUACUGGGCCUCACAUGGGGACAGUGGGAUGCCCCUAUAUUUGAUCUGCACCCUCAGAUUGUGCUUGGAGCUGAUGUAUUCUAUGACACAACUGAUCAAAAUGUUGUUGAAGAUUUUGACAAUCUCUUUGCAACGGUUACUUUUCUUCUGCAAAAUUCCCCUGGAUCUGUGUUUAUAACUACAUACCAUAACCGAAGUGGUCAUCAUCUCAUCGAGUUCUUGAUGGCAAAAUGGGGAUUGAAAUGUUCAAAACUUCUGGAUGGCUUCUCAAUCAUGCCACCAUGCAAGGCUGCUUCUCUGCAGGGAAACAUUCAACUUGUUGAGAUUACACUGGAUAACCAGAAGUCUAAAAGUUAACACUGCAAGUAGGACUUCCAUUAGUUAUCUUCAGGCCUCAACAUUUAUUUAAGAUUCAUCUUGGUGCAGAUAAUAGGUGCUUCUCUCAUUAAAAUGGUUCAAGCAGGGGUAAAGACAUCUUGCAACAAGCAUGUAGUCACAUGCAUUUUAGGGUUCGGAAGAGAAAGUAAAUUCAAAUUUGAAGAGGUUUGAAUCAUAUGUGGGUUUGCCUUGUUAAGAGCCCUAAAAAGUCAUAAUUUAACCAGGCAGUUUCUCCUACUGGAUUCUGUAGGAAAGGGUGAAGGCUUUCAUUGCAAAUGCCUGCACCUUUGACACGUCACUUUCAUUUUCCUACAGAUUGGGCCAUUGUUUUUAUUUUUAUUUUUUUUAAUUUUGACAAAUCAGGGCCUUCAAUUUAUGCAGCUUUUUCUAUUUGUAAUUUUCUUUUUUGGAAAAUGAGUAGAACAAUUGCUUUGAAGCUUCUGUUUAUGUUAUUCUCUCUUUUUUUCCCCUCA